AUGCGUAAUUGUAAAUGGUUCGUUCUCGUGAUAUCCGUGCUUCUGUUGGUGCAUUGUUCAUGGACGAUGGAAUCUAUAGCUUCAAAAACGAUUCAAGCUUCUGUUAAAAACGAUCUGUCGAGAAAACAAAAAACAGGCCGCCGUGAAGGACGAUUUCUCGGUCUUCUUGGGCUGCUAACCGGGCUGACGUUAGUAGACUCGCUCGACGAUGAUAACGAUCGUCCACGACGGUCCGGUUUCGUGAAGAUAGACGUCGGACAUCCGUCUGCGCUCGAUGCAUUCUACGGAGCGUACGGUUACGCAUCACCCUACUGGACGGGAGGAUCCUCCAUCAAUAUAAAGAUACCGUUCCGACCGCCUGGAAGCGAGUUUGAAACUAUGGCUUUAUUUCCUUUCCCCAUGCAUUUUCCCCAACACGGACCGUCACAUUUUGCAACCGGUCCAACGGCGAUCGAACCGCGUCCGACCAUUUUUUCCGAUCCUAUUCCAAGCGCAUCGAACGGUUCGGGAACUACUUUAGCGGACGAUGUGGAGCAACUGUCCGCUAGAAAGCAAAAGCUCGCUCAUAGAAAAGCUGCAACCGUAAGCAGAAGACCACGCCCGAAAGUGGGUCCUCCAAGAACGAUACGAAGCACGCUUCGGGCGGAUGGAGAAGCUGACGACGAUGAGAUAAGUGCCACCACUGUUGAGGUGCCUGAAGCAACUGACAUGAUCGAGACACAAGAACCGCAGGAAGCGCUUGAACCUUCCGUUAGCAACGAUCCCACUGUUUCACCCACUAAUACACCGACCAAUAACCAAGCGCCCGUUUCGGAGGACCCCGAACCAGCCAACCCGGCGUCGAUAGUUCAAUCCGAGCUCAAUUACGUUACGCAGCCGAUGAUUCCCUCGUCCUAUCACACCCAUCAGCACAGCCUGGCCGAUGUGUCCGCGAUCGAGCUGACGACGAGCGCCGGAUACCUGCCAUACGAUGGCACACAGUUUCAGCCCAGCCGGGCCGAUCAUUGGCAGAACUAUUACACCAGUGUCGCACAGAACGGUGCUAAACGGCAACCGGGCUUCUUGCCGAUCGCUACGCGGGUCAAUUAA